GUUUCCUAUAUUGGACAAGUAAAGUGUGGUACUAGCUAGCUGCCCACUGACACGCAAUGGAACAAGUUGACAUUUGGGCGCCCAUCUUGGCCGAUCCUCUUCCAAGCCAACAGGCGGAGAUUAAAGUUCACUCAACAUAUGUGGAUUACGGCACCAUGGACUUUCAAGCACUCUUGGAAGGACCCCAUGAUUUGGACAGAUGGCUGAAAGGUGCAUUCAUUCCUACUUAUAUAAAGGAGGCGAAUUUAACUCAUCAGAAUGAAUGCAAAUUUUAUUCACCAACUAGUGAUCAUGGCAUGACAAUACAAACACCUAUGGCUGAGAAAGAGGAGGCCCCUGCCACCACGACUCUCAAUGGCGGAGGAGGAGAAGACGAGGAGAUGAGAGAGGGAGGAGGGGCCAUGUACCCAUCGCCUUGUCACCGGAGAAGCAGAAGGCUUGCGGCCACCGCCACACCAUCGGAGGAGGGGACCUGCGAUCUACUAGAUUACAUACCAAAAAGUGGUUGGAGGCAUGGAAGUCGUGUGAGAAGUGCACGCGAGAGAGGAACAUGGUCGAUAAACAUUGAACCAUGCUCCCGGGACUUGCGUUCUGCAAGUGAAGGCCAAAAACAUGGGAGCAGAAGAAACAAUGACCAUUGGACAUCUGAAGAGGUGAAAGAACUAGUGGAUGGCGUAUCUGUAUAUGGGGUUGGACCAUGGACUAAGUUGAAGAAUGAAAGAUUUCAAAUAUCAAUUCGAACAGCUGUGCAUCUUAAGGAUAAGUGGAGAAACCUAGUGAAAGCCUUCACGGGAAAUGUGAAAAGAAGGAUCACGCCUCGUCUAGAUAAGAAUUGCAUCGAAAAGAUCAAGAGGCUAGCAGCUGAUUACCCUCGAAAAUGAAGUUGCACUCGUGAAUGCUACGCGAAACACCGUACAAUACUUUCGGUGUUGCAGUGACCCCGCAACAAGAGUUCUGUUAUUUUUCAGAACUGUGAAGCAUAGGCUGUCAUAUUAAGUGUGUCGAGAGUAGAGGGUAGAUUGAACCAUCUGGGUGGAGCAGCUUCUAUCUCCUGCCUAGCUGCCCUGUGAAUGGGAAUAGCGCUCGCUCCUCCGACCUGUUGGCGUGCCGGUUUUGCUAUAGUGAUGUAAUUAGCUUGACCUUUCAUUUAACACCAUGGCACAUUUUGCUGGAAGCUUUUGGUUUUAUGAUAUGAAUGGAGAAUGGAUAUGCACCAUUUA